AUGCUCGCUUAUCGAGGACUGCGCUCUCAAUCUACUAUCGGCACAUGUGCGGCAGUGACCGAGAUAACCGAUAAGUGUCAAAUUCAUAGUCUUUUCAGAAUGGAUUCCUCAUCGAUUCCAUCACCACCAAAACUACAGAUCGCACAUGUUCUCGCUGAUCUAAAUAUUCUCAAGCAAGCACCACCCAAAGCUACCCUCUCCUUCUUACGCAGCCUCUCCACCGUAUCGGCCACUAUAGACGAAAGAAAAACGUCAAUUCAUUCACAACCAACGCCAAAAUUUGAUCGCCUCGGCCGUCGUAUACCCACACCCCCUUCUGUCGUUCAAUCGCCGUCUCCUCCGCUCAGGAAACACUCGUCUAUGGGUUCAAUUGAUCUCCCAGAGACCGAGGAAUCCAUCCGAGAAACUCGAGAACGUCGUCUUGAAAGAAGGAGAAGUAGCGGCAGGGAUGAAGAAUUCAUGCGGGCGAAGACAUUACUAGCAUAUUAUAACAAUCGACACAAGCUACAAGAAAAUGGUCAGAGAGGAAUAAAAAUUUCACAGGAAAGGGUUAGUAAAGCGUUGAAUGAACAAGAGGAAAAGAGACAACAGGUGAGAAAAAGAGAUUCUCUUGGAAAGCUCGGAAUGCUCAAAUAUAAUUUAAAUCAAUGUUCUAUUGGAGUUCUCAAGAAUUUGAAGAUUUUGGGAUUCAAUUUGGUUUUUUUUGGAUUUUUGGAUACUUCACUCCGUAUGUCUUUAAUCUUCCGCCGUGGCAUUGCCACCAUAUCUCCUUUCAAGAGUGCUUCAAAAGUUGUAUGUAUCGGGAGAAACUACGCAGAUCAUAUCACGGAAUUGAACAACAGCAAGCCCAAACAGCCAUUCUUCUUCCUCAAGCCACCUUCCUCGAUUCUUCCUCCAAAUGGUGGAGCUGUCAUUCGACCAAAGGGUGUAGAUUUGCAUUAUGAAGUGGAAUUGGCUUUGAUCAUGGGAAAGCAGGUUAAGAAUCUCGAGGCGGAGAAUGAGAAGGAAGCUUAUGAUUCUAUCGAAAGCUACGCAAUGAGCAUUGAUAUGACAGCUCGCAAUGCCCAAAACGAAGCAAAGAAGAAGGGUCUCCCAUGGGAUAUCGCGAAGGGAUUUGAUACCUUCCUCCCAAUGAGCAACAUCAUUUCCAAAUCACAAAUCCCGGAUCCUCACAAUGCUACCGUGUGGCUUACAGUCAACAAUGAACACAGACAAAAGGAUUCGACAGAAUUGAUGUUAUACCGAAUUCCUAGAAUUUUGAGCGAUAUCUCAAAGGUGAUGACGUUGGAGAAGGGAGAUAUUGUCUUGACUGGUACACCAAAGGGAGUUGGAUCUGUGAAGCCCGGAGAUGUUAUGCGAGUCGGCAUUAGUGUUGGGGGUAAGGAAUUGGAGGAAGGAAAGAUUGAAGUUGCAGUUGAAGAGUCGACGAGUACAUACCAGUUCAAGGAGACUUGA